AUGAUGAUAUUGAGGACAUGGAUUCAGGAUGAUAGCAAAGUGUCUGCCUCGGAAUUGAAAGCUUUGGAGGGGGUUUCCUCAACUAUGGCAAUGGAUGAUGCAUCGGUGGAAGAGUGCACAGAUGUUUUUGUAACGGAUGGAACUGGAAGUCAAUCGAUGCAUAAUGGAGACGAGGAUGAUGUAGCUGGUGUCAUCAAUAUGUUGGACUAG